GAUGGCACAUCACGUGACCUCGAGCCCCGCGAUAGUCAUCCUGUUCAUUGGGAUCCCGAGUGGCUUCCCAACUACUCUUUGUCAGACCCAGGGAGAGGAUCCUUCCUGCUGUUACUUGUAACAGCAGAUAGCGUGCAGGAAAAACAGAGUAAUCUAAGAAGGGUAGCGCCAUCCCACCAGAAGCCUUUGAACUAG